GGGCACGACCUACGCUCAAGAUGGCCGAGGAAAUGAAGGCAGCGCCCAUCCUGUCGACCCCAGACACGCAUAUCCUCGAAGCCACCACGCCCGCAGUGGCGCCGGAUACGAGCAAGACGCUAUCGGAUGAAGAGCUCGCCAUCACCUACGAUAUCGAACGUACUCUGAAAGAGAUCCGCCAAGGGCGAUGGAAGCGUAUUGCUCUGCAGUUUCCGGAUGAUAUGCUCCCGGAUGCACCGCGGGUAUUUCAAUUGCUGAGUCGCGGAUUGCAGAGAAAGGAUGUAGCGAGCGCAAAUGACCAUGCGACCGGGACGACGAACGGUGUAUCGACGAUGCAGAGUCUUGAGAAGGAUAUAUCGCAGGUUACAAUCGAUGUUGCGGAGGAAGAGUCUCCAAAAAUGUACAUUCUGGCCGACACAUCCUACGGUACAUGCUGCGUGGACGAGGUGGCUGCGGAACAUGUCAACGCCGACGUGGUUGUGCAUUACGGGCGGUCCUGUCUGUCCCCGACGGCGCGACUACCGGUCAUAUAUGUGUUUACGCAUAAGUCGCUAUCGCUGGAUAAUUUGGUAAAGGCAUUUAAGGAAACGUAUCCGGAAAAAGAUACCAAGGUGAUCAUUGCUGCGGAUGUGACCUACUCUGAUCAUGUGCCGUUAGUGUAUACCAGGCUAGUGGAGGAGGGAUACAGCAAUUUGUUUGCGACGGAGGUUCUGCACGAGCCCUCGUCUGCUAUACCGAAUAGGACAGUGCCGGAGUCUGUGGCAGAGAAUGCGGAUUCGUUGCAAGAGUGGCAGCUCUUCCACAUCUCGGAUCCACCCACCGCGCUCCUUUUGACGCUGUCUUCCCGCGUCGCAGCAAUUCAUAUCUAUCCGACGGACAAGCCAGACGAAGAAGUAAAGUCUUUGCCUGCUUCUACGGCAGCUGCCCUGCGGCGCCGCUAUGCCAUCCUGACCUCCUUGACCACCGUCCCUGUCUGGGGUAUCCUCAUUAAUACCCUCAGUGUGAAGAACUACCUUCAUAUCGUGGACCAUGUGAAAUCAAAGAUCGCUGCCGCUGGCAAGAAGAGCUACAUGUUCGUCGUUGGCAAGCUGAACGCGGCUAAAGUAGCCAACUUUAGCGAGAUUGGAGGAUGGGUCGUGAUCGGCUGCUGGGAGAGCUCGCUCGUGGACAGCAAGGACUUCUGGAAGCCGGUCAUCACGCCAUAUGAGCUGGAAUUGGCGCUCAAGGGCGAUAUGGACCGUGUCUGGACUGGCGCAUGGCGGAGUGACUACCAGACUAUUCUGGAUGAUGCUGAAGCUCGGAAGAACAUGCCUGCAGAUCAACAGAACGGCCCUGAAACUGUUGGCAACGACGAGACCACCGGUGAUGAGGUCAACGAGGACGAUAUGUCUGAGCCUGAAUCAGCACCGCCUGAAUUCGACCUCCGCACCGGUAGAUACGUUUCGUAUUCGCGGCCGAUGCAAGACUCCGCUGCUUUUGCAUCGGACGGUACUGCCAGGAGUCCUGCAGCAGCUCGAGCUCUGGCGCGACGAGCGAAGGGUGAUGUUGCCAUGAUUGGAGGGGCUUUGUCCCCGGGCGCAGAAUUCCUACGCUCGCAGCGCACAUGGAAGGGUCUGGGAAGUGACUUUGACAUUCGCUAUGACGAGGAUGAAGAGCGAGACAGCACCCUCGUGGUGGAAGGCCGCAAGGGCAUUGCGAGAGGAUACACGGUGGGAGAUUCGGCAGAGAAGCAUUAAUGGCCCAUUGCAUCUGGCAGCAUUUACGAUAAAAGAAAAGUGUACUUGGGGCGUUUUCUAUAGAAUGCAUCACAGGGCGUUAUGAUCAGCGAUACCUCUCAAAAUAUAUAGAUCGGCAUUCUCAUCUCGCAUGUUACUUAUGAAUCUGAACCAUUGACGCCAUCUGAUGGUCUUCUGAACCAGAAUCCAACAUUAGAAGUGCCCAGUGCAUAGAUCUCUUUUGGAUUUGCAUUCUUCACACAAACGGACAAUGGGGGCCAAUUCAAACACUCAGACCGGCCCGUCAAUUUCGG